AUGAAUUCAAUGCGUAUUAUUUCACGUGCAUGGAAAAUCUCCGCUGUCAUACAACCACUCCGUCAUGGUCAAAUCUCUCGUGCAGCAAGCAGUCAAGCAUCUGGUGCUGGUAGCAGUCAUGUAGUCGCAGGUUUGGGUGGUGGUCUUAUCGCCUUAAGUGGAGUUUAUGCAUGGUAUCACUUAUCCGGUACGAGAGAAAUUGUUAGUACUGCAAAACAAACCGUAGAUACACUUAAAGCUGCAAAAGACUCUGUUAUGGAAUCUACUCCGUCAUCGCAGCAAGCUAUUGAUUUUUUACGAACAACAGUAAAAUCGUACGCCAAACUUAUACCAGGUGCCGAGGCAGCUGUUGAGGCUACCUUUGACGAUCUCGAUCGCAUAUCCAAAACUCAAGGUAAAGAAAUAGAAAAGAUUAUGAAUGACACAUACAAUGAGGUCAAAGAUGUUCUGAAGAAUGGAUUAACUGUCGAUUCCGGUAAGAAAGCUGUAGAAAUUCUUCAAAAGCGUCUAAAAGAGGGACAAGCACUAGCUGGUGAUAUCGGUCAAAAACUUCUGGAAAAACAUCCAGAAUUGAAGAAGCAAAUAGGAGAUAGUCUCGGGCAACUUAAAUCGCUCGCCGAAAAACAAGGACCUGAAGCUAAAAAAGCGCUUGAAGAUGCAUACAAGCAACUUCAAGACAUUACGAAAGACGGAAUUUCACCGAAGACGGUGGAGUCUACUAAAAAAGUCGUGGAACAGAAGAUUAAUGAAAUGAAGAAGAUGGGAGAUCAGGCUUGGAGUAGGGGAAUGGAAAACGCGCAGAAACAAUUAGAAAAAAUGCCGAAAGCUAAAAAGCUACUAGAAGACAAUGCAGAUCUACUGAAGAGUGGCAAUGUUCAAGAAAUUUGGCAGAAGAUACAAAAAUUGGAUAAGGACGAUGUUGAAAAGUUUCUAAAAGAAACGGUGGAUGAGGCAAAACAGGCGUACCAAAAGGAUUCCAACAAAAAGUAG